AUGCUGCUCCACAUCUUCCAGGCUGUGAUUCCUGCGCUUCUAUUCUCAACGCUGGCCGAUGCUGUACCUGCUCAUGAUCCAACAAUACCCGAAUACGUACCAGUCACUGGUUCUCUUCUGCCGGUAGUCAAGGAAAGUUUAUCGUCAACACCAACAAAUCUACGCACGCCCACACCCACGCCCACACCCAAGCCUCUUCCUGCAAAUGCACCCAUUGAUGCAGGGCCUAUACCAGAAUAUGUCCCCGUCGGCGCACCCCUUUUGCCUGUUGCACCUCCCUCCAGACCAGUAAAUACUGGUAAAGAACCCUCACCACCGAUUCUUGCAUCACCCAGUCCGUUACCAGCCCACUCAGUACCAGUCAACAACUCAGCACCAGCCAACUCUCCCAACAAUUCUGUGGACAAACCUAUUCCAGAAUACGUCCCUGUGGGCGCUCCUCUGCUACCUGUCGCCCCUCCCACCAGACCAGUGCAAACCAAACCAGCAAAUACUACAGAAAAUACCCCAACAGCCGUUCCGAAUGUCGCUGCGCCGCCUCCACCAGCCAAAAUUCCCGACAAUGCAUCACCACUUCCAGAAUUCACACCCCCAGGUGGAAAUCUUUUACCUGUAGCCGAACCCACAAACAAACCUCAGAAACCCGGGACGCCAGUUCCAACAACUCCAACUGCCUCACCACAGCCUACAGAUGCCCCCCCAACCAGAUUUACUUUACCCGGCGAGGGCCAAUUAGUUCCAAUCGCAACUAUCACCAUGUCGCCUUUACCUGUUGCCACAGGUGAAGCUCCACCAUUUGCCAAGGCUACUACGCUUCCACAAUUGCUCAGUAUGAUCGGGGAAUAUCUUGGUAUAGUGGAUGAUAGCCCAGCUCCCGCUCCCGCCCCCAAAGGCGCCAAGGAUAUUGAAAGUGCCAGGCCGGUCGGAUAUACUGAAGAUACUAAAGACUCUGAAUAG